AAAGCGAAUGAAGUGGGGUGUGAGCCAGAGUGGUUCCGAGGAAGGUCCUGCUUUCUUCCCCAUCUCAGCUGUAGCCGUCAUGACCACCCUCCAAGCCACGAAGGAUCCUGUCCUCAGGGGUGUAUCUCCUACUCCUAGCAAGAUUCCCGUCCGCUCUCAGAGACGCCCGCCUCUCCCCACAGUCAAACCCUGCGCCCUGGACCAGGAGAACCAAGAUCCAAAGAGAUUGGUGCAGAAGCUCAGCUUCGACUCAGCAGGCCCCAGGCGGAAAGUCACACAUCAAACAGAGAAAUCAGAGAGAUUGGUGGGGAGCACUCAGCUCCGGAACCCCUUGGAGGAACUGAGGCCUAGCCCUGGGGGACAAAAUGUGGGGCCUAGGCCCCCUCCCCAGACAGAGGCUCCAGGGACCAUAGAGUUUGUGGCCGACCCUGCAGCCCUGGCCACCAUCCUGUCAGGUGAGGGGGUGAAGAGCUGUCGCCUGGGGCGCCAGCCCAGUCUGGCUCAGAGAGUACUGAUCCGAGGGAGCCAGGGAGGCACCAUCCGUAGGGGCCAGGGUGCCCGGGCCUCUGCAUAUUUAGCCCCUAGAACCCCUGCCCACCGACUGGACCCUGCCAGGGCUUCCUGCUUCUCGAGGCUGGAGGGACCAGGACCCCGCGGCCGGACCUUGUGUUCCCAGAGGCUGGAGACUCUGAUUCCACCUUCAGGACCUUCCUUUCACCCCUCUGCUCACCCCAGUUUCCAGGAGCUAAGAAGAGUGACAGGUGGCGGCAGCCGGACUUCAGUGAACCAGACCUCAGGAUUGCUCCUGGAGACCCCAGUCCAGCCUGCUCCCUCUCUUCCUGAAGGAGAACAUGAAGUUGUUACUCGCUCAGAUGAAGGAGGAGGGGGCCCCCUAGGUCUGGCCCAGCGGGUACCAUUAAGAGAGAUAACCUACACCAGGGACAGCAGUGCCUCCCACCUGAUACCCUCCCCUGGCCGUGGGGCACCACCCAUCACCCAUCCAUCACCCUUUGGACGGGCUCAGCGUGUACCCUCUCCUGGCCCCUCAGCUUCAACCUCGUAUUCGGUUUUGCGGCGUCUUGCCAUUCGUCCCAAAACCCAGUUCACACCCAUCCUAUCGGCCCCCAGGGUUCAGCAGGCCCAGGGUUUGAGUGGCCUCUCCCCUCAGUCAUGCCCGGAAGAGCCUGCCCUGCCCUGGGAGCAGAUUGCAGUCCGGUUAUUUGACCAGGAGAGUUGUAUGAGGGCGCAGGAGGGGCCUGGGAACCCCCCUGUGGCGACUCCUCACCCUAGUACAACCCCCAAGCUCCAGGAGCUGAAGAUGCAGCGCAUCAGUAUCCUGCAGCAGCUGUUGCGACAAGAGGUAGAAGGGCUCGCUGGGGGCAAGUGUGCCCCCCUUAAUGGAGGCUCCUCUCUAGAAAUGGUUGAACUUCAGCUCCUGCUGGCUGAGAUUUCUAGAACCCUGAAUGCCCCAGAGCAGAAUUCAGGGGCCUUACACCUUCCUGAACUGUUACAGGGCUCGGGGCUAGCAGAGCCCUGCCUUCCAGACAAGUGUGAGGAAGCACAGCCCUGCCCAGGAGCAAAGCUGGAGAUAGCUCAGCCCUGCCCUUCAGCAGAGCCAGGGCCCCCAGAAUCCGGCCAUAGGAGGGAGCCUGAGGUAUCAGAGCCCUGCCCUCUGGUAGAGCCCGGACGCCUGCAGGGAGACUCCCACAGGCCGACUGGACUCCUAGAGCCCUCCCCUAGGAUAGAACCUGGGGCAUCAGAGGCCUGCUCCCUGGAACCUAGAAGUCCAGAGUCCAGCCCACAGCCCUGCUGCAGUCAGUGGGCUCCAGCGACCACCAGCCUGAUAUUCUCCUCUCAACGCCCACUUUGUGCCAGCCCCCCUAUUCACUCACUCCAGUCUCUGAGGCCCCCAAGAGGCCAGGCAGGUCCCAGCAGUCUUGCCCCUCGAACCCUGGCCCUAAGGCAGCGCCUCAAAGCAUGUCUGACUGCCAUCCACUGCUUCCAUGAGGCCCGCCUGGAUGAUGAAUGUGCCUUCUACACCAGCCGAGCCCCACCCUCAGGCCCCACCCGGGUUUGCACCAACCCUGUGGCCACGCUACUUGAGUGGCAGGAUGCCCUGUGUUUUACUCCAGUUGGUUCUGCUGCCCCACAGGACUCUCUAUCAUGAUGCAUCCACCUCCUGCCCUGCCUUGCUCCUUCCUUUUAGUCCUUAUUUAUUGUCCGCCCCAUGAGAGUGGGAGCCCAUACUGUACCCUUCAAUAAA